GUGCUCCGCGCCCUGAUUGGCUGCGCAGGCCUCUCGCUGAUUGGUUGCGGCGGAUGCCUCGCGGGCCGGUGGCUAUGGAGGCGGCGGCGGUUGAUGGUUGACCGUUGGCUCCGGGGUAGGGGUCGCCGUUCGAGUGAUCUGCUCAGACCCGGCCAGAGCGCGCGGGCUGCUGACGCUUGGCCUGGAGCCCGCGGGGGAGACCUAGUUCGGCUCCGCCAUGCCGGCCGCCGGGAGUAACGAGCCGGACGGCGUCCUCAGCUAUCAGAGACCAGAUGAAGAAGCUGUGGUGGAUCAGGGUGGGACCAGUACAAUUCUCAACAUUCACUAUGAAAAAGAAGAGCUGGAAGGUCAUAGAACUCUAUAUGUGGGAGUUCGGAUGCCGCUUGGCCGGCAGAGCCAUCGGCAUCACCGCACUCAUGGCCAGAAGCACCGGAGACGAGGGCGGGGCAAAGGAGCCAGCCAGGGAGAGGAAGGCCUGGAAGCCCUGGCCCACGACACACCAUCUCAGCGUGUUCAGUUCAUUCUUGGCACCGAGGAGGAUGAAGAGCAUGUGCCUCAUGAGCUGUUUACAGAGCUGGAUGAGAUCUGUAUGAAAGAGGGAGAAGAUGCUGAGUGGAAGGAAACAGCCAGGUGGCUGAAGUUUGAAGAAGAUGUUGAAGAUGGGGGAGAACGCUGGAGCAAGCCUUAUGUGGCAACCCUUUCAUUGCACAGCCUGUUUGAGCUAAGGAGCUGCCUUAUUAAUGGAACAGUCCUUCUGGAUAUGCGUGCAAAUAGCAUAGAAGAAAUUUCAGACCUGAUCCUGGAUCAGCAAGAACUGUCCAGUGACCUGAAUGACAGCAUGAGGGUUAAAGUGCGGGAAGCCCUUCUCAAAAAGCAUCAUCAUCAGAAUGAAAAGAAGAGAAACAACCUCAUUCCCAUUGUUCGCUCCUUCGCUGAGGUUGGCAAGAAGCAGUCUGAUCCUCAUUUGAUGGAUAAACACGGUCAAACCGUUUCUCCUCAGUCUGUUCCAACUACAAAUCUUGAAGUAAAAAAUGGAGUGAAUUGUGAACAUAGUCCUGUGGAUUUAAGCAAGGUAGACCUUCAUUUCAUGAAAAAAAUUCCUACUGGGGCUGAGGCCUCCAAUGUCCUGGUUGGAGAGGUGGAUAUUUUGGACCGUCCCAUUGUUGCCUUUGUGAGGCUGUCUCCAGCUGUUCUUCUCUCAGGCCUAACAGAAGUGCCAAUCCCAACAAGAUUUUUGUUUAUCUUAUUGGGUCCAGUAGGGAAAGGUCAGCAGUACCAUGAGAUUGGCAGAUCCAUGGCCACCAUCAUGACAGAUGAGAUUUUUCAUGACGUAGCAUAUAAGGCAAAAGAGCGAGAUGAUCUCCUGGCGGGGAUUGAUGAGUUCCUAGACCAGGUGACGGUGCUCCCUCCAGGAGAGUGGGAUCCCUCCAUUAGAAUUGAGCCGCCCAAAAACGUCCCUUCCCAGGAGAAAAGGAAAAUGCCUGGAGUUCCAAAUGGAAAUGUUUGCCACAUAGAACAGGAACCACAUGGGGGUCACAGUGGGCCAGAACUUCAGCGCACUGGGCGGCUAUUUGGGGGCUUGGUGCUGGACAUCAAGCGGAAGGCCCCCUGGUACUGGAGCGACUACCGGGAUGCACUCAGCUUACAGUGUUUGGCCUCCUUUCUGUUCCUGUACUGUGCCUGCAUGUCACCUGUCAUCACCUUUGGGGGAUUGCUUGGAGAAGCCACUGAGGGACGCAUAAGUGCGAUUGAAUCCUUGUUUGGAGCCUCCAUGACUGGGAUUGCUUAUUCCUUGUUUGCGGGACAGGCUCUCACCAUCCUGGGAAGUACUGGACCAGUGCUUGUGUUUGAAAAGAUUUUGUUCAAAUUCUGCAAAGACUAUGCUCUUUCAUACCUCUCCCUGCGAGCUUGUAUUGGACUGUGGACCGCUUUCCUGUGUAUUGUCCUUGUGGCAACUGAUGCCAGUUCCCUUGUCUGCUACAUUACCCGUUUCACUGAAGAAGCAUUUGCCUCCCUAAUUUGCAUUAUUUUCAUCUACGAAGCAAUAGAAAAACUGAUUCACCUGGCAGAGACCUACCCCAUCCACAUGCACAGCCAGCUGGACCACCUUAGCCUCUAUUACUGCAGGUGUGCUCUCCCAGAGAAUCCAAACAAUCACACCCUCCAGUACUGGAAGGACCACAACAUCGUGACAGCAGAAGUCCACUGGGCUAACCUGACUGUCAGUGAAUGCCAGGAGAUGCAUGGAGAGUUCAUGGGAUCUGCGUGCGGCCAUCAUGGACCCUACACUCCUGAUGUCCUCUUUUGGUCCUGUAUUCUCUUUUUCACCACCUUCAUCCUCUCAAGCACCUUAAAGACGUUUAAGACAAGCCGUUAUUUCCCAACCAGAGUACGCUCCAUGGUGAGUGACUUUGCUGUUUUCCUCACUAUCUUCACAAUGGUGAUUAUUGAUUUUCUGAUUGGAGUCCCAUCACCAAAGCUUCAAGUUCCCAGUGUGUUCAAGCCAACAAGGGAUGAUCGUGGAUGGAUUAUUAAUCCCAUUGGCCCCAAUCCCUGGUGGACUGUGAUAGCUGCAAUUAUCCCAGCUCUUCUCUGUACUAUCUUGAUAUUCAUGGAUCAGCAGAUCACAGCCGUCAUUAUUAACAGGAAGGAACAUAAGCUCAAGAAAGGCUGUGGCUACCACCUGGACCUACUGAUGGUGGCCAUCAUGCUGGGUGUCUGCUCCAUCAUGGGCCUGCCCUGGUUUGUAGCUGCAACUGUCUUGUCCAUCACACAUGUGAACAGCCUCAAGCUAGAAUCUGAAUGCUCUGCUCCUGGAGAACAGCCCAAGUUCCUGGGCAUCCGAGAACAGAGAGUGACAGGCCUUAUGAUCUUUGUGCUGAUGGGCUGCUCAGUCUUCAUGACGGCUAUCUUAAAGUUUAUUCCAAUGCCGGUACUCUAUGGAGUUUUCCUCUACAUGGGAGUUUCUUCACUACAGGGAAUUCAGUUCUUUGAUCGUCUAAAGCUCUUUGGGAUGCCUGCAAAGCACCAGCCAGAUUUCAUCUACCUGCGGCAUGUGCCGCUGCGCAAAGUGCACCUCUUCACCCUCAUCCAGUUGACCUGUCUCGUCCUACUCUGGGUCAUCAAGGCAUCUCCAGCUGCCAUUGUUUUCCCAAUGAUGGUUUUGGCCUUGGUCUUUGUCAGGAAAGUCAUGGAUCUCUGUUUCUCUAAGCGAGAGCUGAGCUGGUUAGAUGAUCUCAUGCCUGAAAGCAAAAAGAAGAAGUUGGAUGAUGCCAAAAAGAAGGCCAAGGAGGAAGAGGAGGCCGAGAAAAUGUUAGAAAUUGGGGGAGACAAGUUUCCCUUGGAGAGCAGGAAGUUACUAAGCAGUCCUGGAAAGAACAUCAGUUGCAGAUGUGACCCCUCUGAGAUUAAUAUAUCUGAUGAAAUGCCUAAAACUACAGUCUGGAAAGCUCUCAGUAUGAAUUCUGGAAAUGCAAAGGAAAAGAGUUUACUCAGCAGGAAAAUGGAGAUAAUAAUAACUAACUGCCCCACUCCUGAGGCUGCUCCGAGGAGAAAUUGAAGUGCUCUGAAAAGUCACAGCCACCAGUGGGUGGUAGUGGUGAUUUAUGUCUUCAUCGAAUGGGUUAAAAUGAAUCUCUGCUGAAUGUGAGUGAAAUAUAGAAUCUUGUUUCCUUCGGAGGAAAAUCCAGGCAGCUGUCGAGAUGUAUAUAACGCACGUGGUUAUUUUUAGUUGAGAACUAGCCUACUUGUAAAUGAACUUAAAAUAUAGCCAGAUCCAAAUUGUGGUGACAUCUUCAAAGUAUUGUGUCAAAAGGAGGAAUGAAUCAUAUGUUCCCUUUUUGUCUAAUUGUAACACUUUUAUUCAGUCUCUUCAACUAAGAGUCUUUGCUGGGAUGGAAGAUUUGGGCCGUGUGGUGCCUCAGGGAAGUUCUGGUUACAGAGAAAAUGGCGAGUCUCUCAGAGAAGAAGCAAGACCAAGUCUGGCCCUGUCCUUGGUCAUCUCAAAGCCAUGCCGAAGCAUUCAGUUAUUCUUGGUGUGCAUUGGAGGGCAUCCAGCUAUCCCCAUAGCAGCAGCCAGUCACCAGAUGUGAAUGUGGAAGCAGAAGACCACCUCCUGUUGGUUCUUCUCUUCCUUCUUUUUCUGUUUAGAACGGCCACCAUUGAAGACCUAGCUUCCCAUUUUCCAGACGUUUUCUGUGAAAUUCUCUGCUGGCCUGCCAAGCCAUAUGGAUUCAUUCUGCCACUGAGGAGUCCUUCAGUGAGGUCCCUCUUCCUAAAGGAUGGAGUGGGGAGUAGGAGGGGAUCAGAGAGGACAUCCUCUCUGGCUCUCCAGUGCUCUUAGUGUCUGCAGGCUCCUAGGCAGCCCUGGGCCUUGGUUUGAUUACCUCCCCUGGGGGAUGCUGGUCAGACCCAGAGGUUGUCAGGAGUCGGCUACCAGGAAGAUCCAUGAUCUGGGCAUUGGCAGUGCCUGCCACCACAGCCAGGAAGAUGCCUCUGACCUGGGUGCAUCUCCAUCACUCCCUAGCAGCAGCCUGCAUAACUGGCAAGAACCUUGGAUGAUACAAGGGCCAAGAAGGGACAUUUGAGUUGUGUCGCUUAGAUAGGAAAGGGAUCCAGGGAAAAUCAACAGUAAGUGAGGAUGAGCAGCGUCUCUUGGUUUUCAUUGAGGAUAGAGUAAGAGAUUGAGUUUAGAUUGCAACAGACGGAAUUAGUUUAGAUACCAGGAAGGACUUCCUAGCCUGAAGAUUUGUCAUAGUGUCUGCUUUCUAGAUAUCUGGGAAAGAUUUGAUAAUAGUUGUUUGUGAAUAGAAAGGAGGAUAUGAUGUUUUUAUUGGCCAUUUUGCGGGACUCUUCGAUUUCUUGCUGCUGUCUCUUGAGGAUACAUUCCAAUUCCAUCCUGGCGAGAUCCAAGUGCUUACGUACUGUCUCCUUAGCUGCCUUAGUAGUGAACGAUCAUCAGUUCAAUGGACCAAAAUCACCUUCAGCCAUGUGGUUUCUUCAUCAUCAUGGAUUUCUUUUGGUUAACAAACAUUCUGGCUCUCAGAUGCAAAAAGUCACACUGGGAAAUGAACUGUAAGUGGUGAAAUUAGUUUUGGUAUUUAAUUUAAAACUACAUUUAUAGUUUUUCUCUUCUCUUCUAUGUUGCAAUGAAUGUAAAGUAUUUGGGAUCCAGUGCUUAUAAACCUUUCCCUCCUUUGUGCACAGAAUGUAACUAGCAAGCCCAUUAGCACCCAGAUAACUCUAUCAUGUUAGUUUUCCAUCCUGGAAAAUCUUUGUACAGUGGGAAGUUCCCCGAUGUGUUUUUCUUUCUUAGGUGAAGGGUUGGUUAUAUCACUUUAUUGAAUUUUGCAUUCCUUAGACUUUUAAAAUAUACUAAUGUAUUCUAGUCUUACUCUAAAGACCUUUGAUGUUAAAGGAAUCCUUCAUUUAUUUCAUAUUCCCUAUCUCAUGGGGCCACAAUUAUUUUAAUACAGAGAUGAUUUUCAAAAUAUUUUAACAACUGGUACAGGACAGAUGCCAGCCACUCAGAAGGGAUGCCUGCUGUAAACAAGCAGUAUGUAUGGUUGCACCAAUGCCUAUUGGCUGAACAUUAUGCUACUUUCAGAUAUUAAAAUGAUGUUCCUUUGAAUCGUGGGUAUUGUUCCUGGUUUGUCUCAUUUCUAUCACAAGGCUGUUUUGGGCACAGCCUUAGCUUCCUUUCAUAUAUAUAUGGUGCAGACAGGAUAGGUCAUGCUUCUUAGAACCUAUAUGGGCAUUAAAAUCUUCAUGAGCCAAAGCUUCACAUUUUAGCACUUUAGGAUAACUAUAGUAAUUGUACUCAUUUACCUGCCUAAUUGGGACGAAUUAACAGGCAGCCUGUCAGGAGGAUAAGCUUUCUUGCAGACUUCUCCCUUGUCCCUCUCUGGCUGCCUCCUUGAGCUUGCCCCUUUUUCAUCUUCAUUGUUCCCGGAGAACAUCUCCCCUUUCUUGCUCUAUCUUGACCCUCCUAUCUUUUCCUGCCACCUCUGUGUGGUGGGGUUGAUGACCAUUUCACCUCUUUCCCUAGCCUCAGAACAGCUGUAAGGAGUGUAUCAAAACUGGGUGAGAGUAUCACUCAGAAAAAUGCCUCUCCUAACACACUGAUGUCUUGUGCUGCCUUGACUGCUUGAGGGGAGGAGCCUUCAUUAACUCUGUGUAGUGCAGGUAUAGGACCACCUGUGCACUUUAGGGUACUUCUCGAGCUAGACCCUCCCAGAUCACUGCGCCUUAGGAAUGUUAGCUACUUUAAAAAAUAUAUAAUUUGGUGUGUUGUUGGGGCGAACUCGAUGGGGGAGAUUGUGAGUGAAGAUGGGAAGGGAUUUGGGUGGUUUUGCCACGAGGUGAUGGUUGGGAUUGGGCGAAUGGGUUGGAUGAGCCUGGCUCUGUGGGUGUGGUGCUCGGUUGCCUCCGUACAGUUGCAGUUCACCUUUGUGCAUGGUGGUCACCAGUCACUCUAGGGAUUGUAGGUCCCAAUAGUGGUUCCAGCAGCCUGCACAGCUGGUACGAGGACAGCUAGAGGAGGGUCUGAUAUCCCUGCAAGUGAUGCAGGAUAAAACUUCCCAGCCAGGCGCAGUGGCUCACGCCUGUAAUCCCAGCACUUUGGGAGGCCGAGGUCGGCGGAUCACGAGGUCAGGAGAUCGAGACCAUCCUGGCUAACAUGGUGAAACCCUGUCUCUACUAAAAAUACAAAAAAAUCAGCUGGGCGUGGUGGCAGGCGCCUGUAGUCCCAGCUACUCAGGAGGCUGAGGGAGGAGAAUGGCGUGAACCCGGGAGGUGGAGCUUGCCAUGAGCCGAGAUUGCACCACUGCACUCCAGCCUGGGUGACAGAGCAAGACUCCAUUUCAAAAAAAAAAACAAACCAAAACAAAAACAGAAACUUCCCAAUAGGAGAUAUUCCUUGAUGGCUCUCGAAUGCAUGAAUGAUAUAUCAGUUUGAAGUUUCUCGACCUUUCCAUCAAGGAUCUUGAAUUUUUUCUCAAUUAUGCUUGCUAAUAUGUCAAAGGCCAAGUACACUGUAUCAAACUUGCCGUCUAUAAGAUGCCAGAUCAAUCUAGUGUUUCAGCCAGUUCACUACUGACAUCAGACUCAACUUUGUCCCCUCUCUUUCUUUUCAUGCAAGAGACUUUAAGGGUAACCUCUUCAGUUGAAACUGUCUUGGAAGUGCAGCCCUCCUCCUGUGUGGCUAGAGAAAGAGAUGGCACCAGGAUCUCUUAUGGCAAGUGCUCACGGGGCAUGGGUGGUUUUGUCUAGUCCGGUCCUUUUGGGCGUGGUGAUUUCCUGUCAUCCUCGUGGUCUGACAUUGCUUCUCACUGGAUACUGAUUGUGGCCUUUGACUCAUUAGCUGAUUGUUGGAUCUCUUUAAAAAAAAAGAUUUUUUAAAAAUCUUUGUGUCCCUAUGGACUGUCGCCUGUUGCAGAUGAUGGUGAUUCUCUUCUUCUUUUUUUUGUCUCCAGGAGUUGCCUGGAUGAUUUCAUGGGUCAGUCCACAUGAUUGCAGGAUUUCCCAUUGCUUAUCUGUGAAUGUUGAUUGGCCAACCUGUCUGAGCUUUCAGCAGAUGCAUCCUUGAGCUUAGUUUCAGGAAUUCUUCCUGGAACUGGUUUUCCUUGGUGGUAAUUUCUCAUGGUGGAGCUUGUUUCUGAGGCAUGGUACGGUGCUGCGGAGGCAAGGCAAGGCUGUCAUGGUGAUUUUCACAGCAUCUGGAUGGCAAAUUGCCUUCACACAGGGAAACCACAUGGGACUGAUGGCUUUCUCAAGGGAUCUCCAAGCAUCUCUGAAUUUGGGGAUUUCCUCAGUUACUCCUGGAAUCAAAAUGAGUGUGGAGUCAUAAUUUUUUUUUUUUUUUGAGACAAAGUCUCACUCUGUCGCCCAGGCUGGAGUGCAGUGGUGCGAUCUCAUCUCACUGCAACUUCUGUCUCCUGGGUUCAAGUGAUUCUCCUGCCUCAGCCUCCCGAGUAGCUAGGAUUACAGGUGCGCACCACCACGCCCAGCUAAUUUUUGUAUUUUAGUAGAGAUGAGGUUUCACUAUGUUGGCCAGGCUGGUCUGAAACUCCUGGCCUCAGGUGAUCCACCCACCUCGGCCUCCCAAAGUGCUGGGAUUACAGGCGUGAGCCACUGCGCCUGGCCUCGAAAUCUUUAAGGAAGUUAUUUAUCAUCACAAGUGUUGUCAUCUGUGACUCUUGGGCCACUUGAUGAACCUGAACCACUAGUGGUUGUCCAGAUCCUCCAACUUUUUCAGACAGUAUUGCAAUCAGGCUUUUAUGACACCAGGGUAUCCCCCCUUUUUUGCAACAUAGGCAGAAACACCAAGCUGUGGGCAAUUGAUGUGUGUGUCACUGGUUCCUGCAGCAGCUUUGAAUGUAUUAAAUCUGUUUUCAACAGCCCUUGCAUAGGUGUUAUCUCUCGAAUCUCUGUAAAGAGCACUAAGAGUACGUAGUGUUGCAUGAUAUAAUCCAAGCCUAUGAGCUGUGUCAUCCAGGACUGUUGGAAUUUUGCAUGUGUCUGUUCCAUAUCCCGCUGGUAACCAGCUUACAGACCUUCUGUCAGCUUGGCUUACAUUAUCAUCAACAGGUUGCCGUAGUGAUGAUAUGAUGCUGGACACAAUCAUUGUGCACGUUGUUAAUUUGGUAUGGUGGUGCCACACAUUACAGUAUUAACAAGGCUGGAAUAUGGCCCUCUGCUGUAGGGGGCGUGGCACCUGUGACUUGCACUGGAAUAAGUAGGAGGCUUUCCCCAAAGGAUAUGGAGACUGAUGUGUGCUCCAUAUCUUGAGGGGACCUCUUUUGGUUUCCUUUGGCUGGGUCUGUUAGUUACUUUUGAAGGCCAUGCCAACCCUUUUAGGCCAUUAAAUUUUUCUCAAACAAUAGCCAGCCUCAUUGCUUCAUCUCUGUGGUAGGAACCAUUCCCUACUCUUACUCCCUCCUCUUGUCCAGCUUCCACCAAACACUCAACCCGAGUCCUGGCUGCUUUCUUGCUUAGGUCUGUGGCUGGUGACUGUGGCGAAACAGUCAAGGUGGGCAGUGUUUGGGGUAGGAAAUGAGUAGAGGUGAAGCAGCAGCAGUGGGUGUGUGGGUGUGUGUGCACACAUGUGCAUUUUCAUGUGUGUAUGUUGACAAAUAAGAGUGUAGCCAUAAGAUUUCAUUGUUAUUACCAGUCUUUGUGUACCUAUCUGGAGGGACAUUAAAAAAAUAUGGCCAUUCUCCCAUCUCGGGGGUUCCCAUCUCGGAUUUCUCUGAUAAGAGUAGUUUGAGAACAAAUACAGAUUCGUCUAUGGGAAAAGAUGUUUAAACUCAGCAUGAAGGAGAAACAAAUUUAGGAGUGGAAAGCAAGGCAGGUAGUUAGGUGAUUUCCAUGUCCACAUUUGCUUGGGCCAGGGAAGUGGUGCACCUCUUUUAUGACAAUGGGAGAUUUCAGAAACAGUUUGAGUGUUGGCAGACCAAUGCCCUGAUAAGCUUGUGGUAUAGAGGUAGGAAGGGAGGUAGGCCAGAGAUUUGAGAAAAUGAUGGUGGGUGGGAUCUUAGCUCUAAAUGAAAACAACUGGACUUACUAAAUGGGUGGAUUACUUGCUAGCCAUAACUUUUAGGGAAGGGUAGGUCUGGAGAGAAGGUGAAGACCAGCAGAAAUAUACUGUGAAAUUGCCAAAUAUAUUUGGUUGCAGAAAACACAGCCUGGCUCUUUGUGGCUAGAUGUGACUUCCAACUUCUGAAGACAGGAUUGCCAAGAGAUGUGAUCUUUCCACAUACAGCUCCUGUCCCCAUCUCUUUAUGUGUAGAGACCUGGAUUUGGGGUAGUGGGGUAGUAAACCAUAUAUUUCUAAAAGACAGUGUGAAGAGUCACUGUUUCUCUUAGUCUGGGAUGUGAUUGGCUUUUGUUUUUUGUUUUUCGUUUUUGAGAUGGAGUCUCGCUCUGUCGCUUUGUCGCCAGGCUGGAGUGCAAUGGCACGAUCUCAGCUCACUGCAACCUCCGCCUCCUGGCUUCAAGUGAUUCUCCUGCCUCAGCCUCCCGAGUAGCUGGGACUAUAGGCGCGCACCACCAUGCCCAGCUAAUUUUUGUAUUUUUAGUAGAGACGGGGUUUCACCAUGUUGGCCAGGAUGGUCUCGAUCUCUUGACCUCAUGAUCCACCCGCCUUGGCCUCCCAAAGUGCUGGGAUUACAGGCUUGAGCCACCGCGCCCAGCCAGUGAUUGGCUUUUAAAUUAAUCAUAAAUGUUUGAUAAAAUUCUGGUGUCUGCUAAGUCCCAGGCCUGGUUGAGAUCUCAGACUAUGACAGCUGUGACCUUCAAGAAGUUUCUGGCUUGGGGAAUCUGUAGUUUCUGGUUGUUCAAAAGAGAUAGUUCUUAGUCCUACUUUAUUUUCUACCCACUCAACUCUCCAGACUUCCCUCUUAGUAAAGGAAUUAGUAAUUCUCCCUGCAUCUUCUCUGUUGAUUUCAAUGUCCAUGUUCUGAGUCUCGAGUUUUCCUGACGCAUAGGAGUAGGCUUGGCCCCAGAGCCCCUGGCUUUUUCAACGAGCAUCAGAAAUGCUAUCAAUGUAUUCUCUCUGUCGCUUUAUCAGCUUCUCUAAAUUUAUUUUGUAAGGAAGUCAGCACCUCCUUCCAGGACUUUACAGUUGUCUUUGCCAAUUUCUUCCUGGAUUUUCCUUGAACUUCUCAGGUUUCCAAGCCACAUCCUAGCAGGGCAUCCAGGAACCUUGCACUGAACCUCUCAGCUCUUUUGACUUUCUUCUGGUCAUAGGUGUUGGGCCUGCCAUUAGGUAGAAGUCCUUUCAGCAGACCCGAGGUGGCCAAAUGAGACAUCGUCCAAGUUCCUCCCUCCUUUACUGUCUCGGCUUUUUCAAGCACCCCUUUCACCUCUCUUUUCUGCCUUUUCCUCAGUCUGUCAAGUUCUUUGGAGGAAAGAAGUUCUAGGUCAGAGGUCCUAAAACCACCACCAGCUGGGGUUGGUGAGAAUGGUGAGGAGUUGGACAGUCCCGGGGCUUUUUUGAAAGGAGACUUUAUGGUUAUUUCCCCUAUUUAGGGUGAGGGACUAAGAAUUCUCAAGGCUUCAGUUUCAUCCAUAUUUCAGUGUAAGCAGAAAAGCACAUUUCAAAGCCAAAUAGAAAUGAUUUUCUACUAAGCCUAUCCUUUAUGAUUCUUGGUUCUCUCGGUCUCUUAAUAUUAAUUAUAGAGAAUGGCAGUUGAGUCAGUUAACAUCUUUUCAUCAGAAAGGAGGGUAAUAUUCAUAACCAAAAGAGAUGUAAAGGAACUACAUUACUGCUUGAAGUGUGAAAAGAGGAAAGGAGUGUUAUAUGAACCUUUUCAACAGGGAAAUUCAGAAAGUGGAAUGAUUCAUCCAUAGGCAUAAUUCUUUUAGGAGAUUCUGUGCUCAAAGGGAAGGGAAUGGUUUCUGAUCCUUCUGAAGAGAAAAGGAAUAGCAUUUUUCUUAAACCUAACCCAGUUUCAGCAUUGCAGAAUACAGAACUUUUUCUUCUAGCUGAUGGCAUUAAUAUUUCUUGAGAGAGAGAACCCACUCACGGCACUUUUCUGAGCCCAGCAGAAAUCAGCGGAGCUUGGGCUUCACUUAGCAGGUUUGCAAUUGACUUCAACAUGCAGGCUUUUCACAUGUGCAAUAAUGCUGGAAACAGAAGCACCAAACUGAUUGUGCAAUUACUCCUUUUGUAGAAGAGGCCAAAAUCCUCCUCCUCCUUCCUUUCUCCUAUAUUCACUCCUCUAGGAUCAUAAAGCCUCCCUCUUGUUUAUCUGUGUCUGUCUGUCUGAUUGGUUAGAUUUGGCUGCCCUUCCAAGCUAAUGGUGUCAGGUGGAGAACAGAGCAACCUUCCCUCGGAAGGGGACAACUCGAGGUGCUGGUACAUUUCCCUUGUUUUCUAUGUUCUUCUUUCUAGUGGGUCUCAUGUAGAGAUAGAGAUAUUUUUUUGUUUUAGAGAUUCCAAAGUAUAUAUUUUUAGUGUAAGAAAUGUACCCUCUCCACACUCCGUGAUGUAAAUAGAACCAGGAAUAAAUGUGUCAUUGUGAUAAUCCCAUAGCAAUUUGUGGUAAGAACAAGACCCCUUUCCCUCACCACCGAGUCUCGUGGUCUGUGUCUGUGAACCAGGGCAGGUAAUUGUGACACUGCAUCUCAUAGACCUCUGCCUGCCUAGAUUUUUGUGUGCUCACCUCAAUGGGUGAAAAAUAAAGUCUGUGUAAACUGUU